AUGCCCGCUGCAAGCAUGGAGCGGGAGGGCCAGGGCAGCGGCCAGCAGGAGCGACAGACACGGAGAGCAUGCCGGAUGGCACGACCUGCAGACAGCCAGACGGGAAGAAGCAGCAGCCUGGUCGUGUCCCAUGUCGUCCGGCUGCCCUGCUCAUCCAGGCGUGGCCGCACAACGCCUCUGGAUGGGCAGCUUGGCCUGCCCCGGCUGCCCAAUGGAAAGCUGGGAAACAACGGCUCCGGUUGGGCUUUCGGCUCCGGUGUGCCCCUCGGUGCUGGCACGCAGAACCCGUCGCGUCCACAGCAGAUGGGUGGCAAUAUCAGCUUUGCCCAGAGCCUAGGCGGCUCACAACCUGCCACCCCUCUUGACCUUUCUGGCCAAUCGUCGCUCUGGUCCGCAGCAGGAUCACGAACUAUCGGCAGCCAGGGCAUACAGCGCAGUGCCACCAACCCGCUGGCAUCACAGCAGCAACAGUCGUCGCAGCCAGGACAACCCGGACAGCAGGGACAGCAAGAGGACAUGUUCGGCUCAGCAUCCCGCUUGCAAUCGAAUCAGAGCACAGCUUCCUUUCGGUUCGGCAGCCAGGCUGGCCUCGGCCAAGUGACAGCAUCGACACAACCAGGCGGCAUCGACGAUUUCCCGCCACUAAACAAUCGCUCUUCUAGUGCAGGAGAGAUCGGCCAGGACCGCAACCAGAAUCUGAUGGCCAGUCUAGGCUUUGGCUCGCAGGCUGCAGGCGCUUCGGCUUCCGCUCAGGGUGGCCGCAUGGGCAACGGACUGUUGAACGCCCUGUCGGCCAACUCUCGGUCCGGAGGCGAGGUGCGGGCACCUGUUGGCACUCGGCCGCAAGAAACACGAAAUCCAGCAGCAGAUGACGAGGUCCGGAUCAAGCAGAAUCCAUUCGGGGAAGAAGUCAGGGCAGCCCAGUCACAGCUGGCUGAUGUUGUGCCACAACCAAGCACCGACCCGCGGAUUGCCAUGGCUGCCAUCGGCACAGACGCAGUGUCGUCAAAGUCCGGCACCGAUGACAGCCUUGGCUCAAGCAGCUCCGCAAAAGACCCGCUAGCUGGGAUGGUACCGAAUGACAAAUGGGGCUUAAAAGGCUUGCGGGCGCUCCUGGUCAAGGAGCCAGGUUACAGCGCGGCAAUAUCCGGGUUCGGGCUAGACCUCGCGUCGCUGAAUGUGGACCUGGGCUCGACCGAACUCCUGUCCACUCAGGUCUAUUCCCUAUUUGACGGUGCAGCGCCACGGCCGGCAGUUCCAAAGUUCCGCCUACCAGAGUGCUACAAGGUUUCCAAUGUGGGACCGAUCGAGAACAAGAUCACGAGCUUCAACGAGGAGACCCUGAUGUGGAUAUUUUACUCGUGUCCCAACGACAUCAAGCAGCAGCUGGCUGCGAUUGAACUGACCAACCGGAACUGGCGCUGGCACAAGCGGCAGCAGGUCUGGCUGACCAAGGACGACAUGAUGAUGCCACAGGUUCUGAGCCAAAGCCACGAGCGGGGAUUCUAUAUCAUCUGGGACCCAGCAAACUGGCGGAAAGAACGCACAACGCGGGAGAUCACGCUGAACUACGCCGACCUAGACAACACGCCCAUCUCAGCAACAGGAGCCGUCUGA